UACUAAUCCACCUAAUCAACCUAUUAAAUAACGUAGUCUGCAUGUCCUAAAUGAUAAUUAAUUCGAUUUCAUUUUCAUCUCCCUUGUUGGCGUAUACACCAAAGCAGAAGGAGAUACUCAGUGUAGGCGACAAUCAAGGGGGUCGAGAUGACAUCGCGUCAUUUUGAAGAGGGGAAAACUGGGGAAAAUACGAAAAGCGAUGAAGCAAUAACCUCGAAGAAAGUAUGGGUCUCUCUCGUCACCAACCUCGACUACCUCCCGGGAUUCCUCACCCUCGAGCAUUCCCUCCGCAGCGUAAACUCCGCCUACCCCCUCGUAGCCCUCUACACUGACGCCCUCCCCCCCGCCGGCCACGCCGCGCUCCGCUCCCGCGGCAUCCCCACCCUCCGCGGCGACCACCUCGUCCCCUCCGUCCCCAAGUCCUACGAGCAGGACCCGCGCUUCCACGAGACCUGGAGCAAACUGAGCGCCUUCUCCCUGACGCAGUUCGACCGCAUCGUGCAGCUCGACAGCGACAUGCUCGUCCGUCGGAACAUGGACGAGCUGAUGGAGCUAGCGCUGGAUCCGCCAGGGGAGGAGGGGGCGGGCGACCGCGUGUUUGCGGCGAGCUAUGCAUGCGUGUGUAAUCCGUUGGGGAAACCGCAUUAUCCCAGCGAUUGGAUCAGGGAGAACUGUGCGUUCACUAGCCAGCAUGACGCGCCGGAUCGGGCGCAGACGGAGGGGGCACCGCUGGGUGCUGGGUUGGCGAUGCCGAAUUCGGGGUUGCUGGUCAUCAAUCCGAGCCGGGCGGCAUAUGAGCUGAUCUUAAAGGAAUUGGUAGAAGCGACCUCGACGGCGGCCUAUGAAUUCGGGGAUCAGAGUCUGAUCGGGUACACGUUCCGUGGCCGUUGGGCGCCACUGCCAUACGUCUACAACGCGUUGAAGACGCUGCGGUGGAAGGGCGUCCAUGAUCAGAUUUGGCGGGAUGAGCGGGUGAAGAACGUGCAUUAUAUAAUGGUCCCCAAACCGUGGGAUGAACCGGACGGCGAGAGGGGCCAAGCGGACGAAACACACAAGUGGUGGUGGGACGCGAAUGAUGAACGGAAGAGACUGGAGAAAACAAGAGGGAUUGAGGAUGAAUUUUGAUUGGCAUUAUUGCAUAGUUACUGUUAGACUGUCUGAUGUUGCUACAAGCCUACCCCGUUUUGGAUGCUAAUCCCAAUAUACCCAGGCCUGUACUCCUCGCCAAUGCCAAUUCCAAACGCUACAGUUCAAUCGUCCCGUCUCUCAGACUCGUGUCCCCAAACUUCCUCCGCUGACUUCUUUCCCUUCGUCUCAGGCACGAAGGUGAGGACCAGGAGGAAGAACCCGGCCGCAAACGCCGCGAAG